GGGACCGAGGGGUGCUGAAGUGUCAGAAUUCCAAUUUCCUAAAAAACUGUCACUCCCAGUCACACACUCUGACCCUCUGCAUCUCUCUCACACGGCCAAACACACUCUGCUGCCUGCAUUCUUAUCCUCUGGAGCUUGCUUUCUCCCCCCCUCUUUCCUCUCUUUCAGCUGUAAACACUGUCUCGUUUUCUCUCAGUUCCAUUCAUAAGGUCCCACAAGGAGAAUUCGUGUCCCACAUCACUGUACUGCGUCGCCCCCCCCCCCUCCUCUCGGCUUCACCCCUUUCUCCUUCCUUUCAAACUAAACACUCACUCACUCCCUUCACAGAGAGGCAAAGUAAAACAGGCAAAAGGAAGAAAGGGAGAGAAAGAGAGGGAAGAGUUUGAGAAUCACGGGGCCCCUCCCAUUUUUCGGAGAUGCUCCAGCCCAUCCCUAAAUUGUGGGCCAAUGAGGGUGGCUCAUUCACAACUCAUGCAGUCCUUCUACAAUAGGUAAGGAGAGAGAGACAGAGAGAGGAAGAGACAUUUACAAGGAGAGAGUGUGUGUGUGAGAGAGAGAGAGAGAGAGAGAGAAACAGAAAGGGAGGGAGAAAGAGUAACUGUGUUUGGGGGAGAAGGACAGUGAGAGGCAGGGUGAGAGGGAAGACAGGACAGAGGGGAAGGAAGUUACAGCAGAGUUAACCCCUGGGAAUGAAGCAGGGAAGACAAUGAAGAGAUGAAGAGAUGAAGAGGUAGAACUUGUGACUGGGACAGACUUUCAGUCAGGACAACCUGCACAAGGAGGAAAAGAUCAGUGAGGGGCUUCCAAAGGGACACAGCAGAUUUUAGGACAGAGAAGAGUCAGUGGAACCUCCUCAUCUUAUCACAGCUAUCUCUUAGGACAUUAGAGAGGACAAGAGAGGGUGCAACAAGACAGGAGACCCUGCCGGUGUAGAUGCAGACAGGUGGACAGUCAGACAUGUUGCCUGUGCUUCUGCUUCUCUGCGUGGCUGGAGGAGUUUGGGGUUCCUCUCCCGAAGUGUGGGGGUACGAACGGGUCCAGGACAGACAGGGGCCGCCGGCAUCACUUUGCCCGUCUCCAUGUCAGUGUGAGGAAGAUGGGAUAUUCGUCAUGGCGGACUGCUCGGAGUUGGGACUAUCAUCUGUGCCAGCCAACCUCAGCCCCCUCACCACUUACCUGGAUCUGAGCAUGAAUAACAUCAGCGAGAUCCAGCCCAGAGCCUUCCACCGACUGCACCUGCUAUCAGAACUGCGUAUCUCAGGGAACCAGCUGAGGUAUAUCUCAGGCCACGCUCUCCAGGGUCUCCACAACCUCAAAGUUCUAAUGCUGCAAAACAACCAGCUGGAGAGUCUUCCAGAUGAUGCUCCAUGGGACCUGCCCAACCUACUGUCCUUGCGUCUCGAUGCUAACCUGUUGUCUGAGGUUCCGGCCGGGACCUUUCGAGGGGUUCGCUCCCUGAGACAUCUGUGGUUGGACGACAACUCCCUCACAGAGAUCCCCGUCACGGCCCUGGACUCCCUGCCCGCCCUGCAGGCCAUGACGCUGGCCCUCAACCAGAUCACAUAUAUCCCAGAUUAUGCAUUCACCAAUCUCUCCGCCCUUGUUGUACUCCAUCUCCAUAACAACCAGAUCCAGAGCAUGGGCGCGAGGUGUUUUGAAGGUCUACACAGUCUAGAGACACUAGAUUUAAACUACAACGAUCUGCAGGAGUUCCCUGUGGCCGUCAGGACACUCAGUAAGCUUCAGGAACUGGGCUUCCAUAACAACAAUAUCAAAGCCAUCCCUGAGCGGGCCUUCGUGGGAAACCCUCAGCUCCAAACAAUUUACUUCUACGAGAACCCAAUCCAGUUUGUGGGAAAAUCCGCUUUCCAGUUCUUGCCCAAGCUGCGCACACUUUCACUUAACGGAGCGACCCAGAUUCGUGAGUUUCCCGAUCUGAAAGGAACCACCAGCCUGGAAAUUUUGACGCUGACCCGGGCUGGUCUCUCAGCUCUCCCUCUGGAUCUAUGUGAGCAGCUGCCUCGCCUCAGAGUGCUGGAGCUGUCUUACAACCAGAUAGAGGAUCUGCCCAGUUUUUACCACUGCUCCGCCCUGCAAGAGAUAGGGCUACAGCACAACCUGAUCAGGAGGAUAGAGUCGAGCACCUUCCAGCAGCUCACCUCUCUCAGAUCACUUGAUCUGAGCUGGAACAUGAUCGAGUGGAUUCACCCGGACGCCUUCGCCUCUCUUCACUCUUUGAUCAAACUGGACUUGACAGAGAACCGUCUAAGUUCAGUCCCCGUUGCAGGAUUGGCGGGGCUCACCCAUCUCAAGCUGAGGGGCAACACAGAUUUAUACGACGCUUUCAGCCCUGAUCACUUUCCCCGUAUGAGGGUGAUAGAGAUGCCUUACGCCUACCAGUGCUGUGUAUAUGGCUCCUGUGACACCUACAAGCCAGCCAGUCAGUGGGACACAGAGCAGAGCAGCACCGAUGAGGACCUACACAAGAGGACUGUGGCCAUGUACCCAAUCCACGCUGACACACACUAUGACCCUGACCUGGAGGAGUUCCAACUGGAAAUAGAAGAAUCCAAACUACAGACCAGCGUCCAAUGCACACCCACGCCAGGCCCUUUCCGUCCCUGUGACUCCCUGCUGGGCAGCUGGCUGGUCCGUGUGGGCUUGUGGUCCAUCUCCCUGGUGUCUCUGCUGGGGAACUCCAUCCUGCUCCUGUCCCUCUUUGGCUCACCUGGCUACCUUUCGCCGCUCCGCUUCACUGUAGCCUGCAUGGGCGCCUCCAAUCUACUGACAGGCGUGUGCACGUGCACCCUGACCCUCGUGGAUGCUCUUACCCUGGGAGAGUUUGGUCACCAUGGUGCCCGCUGGGAGGGGGGUCCGGGGUGUCAGGCGACAGGAUGGGUCUGGGUGUUUGCCUCUGAGGCGAGCGUGUUGCUGCUGACUCUCGCGGCUGUGCAGUGCGGCGUGAGUGUGACAUGCGCCCGGGCCUAUGGGAAGUCACCAUCUCUCGGAAGUGUACGCACGUGUGCACUGUUCUGCCUCACUCUCUCCCUCACCCUGGCCUCUCUCCCACUCGUAGGAGUUGGGGAAUAUGGGUCCUCACCUUUCUGCCUUCCCUCACCUCUACCACCCCCGUCCUCUCGGCUGCCCUCCUCCCUGGGCUUCCCCUUGGCGCUCAUUAUGAUGAACACCCUGUGCCUGCUUAUAGUCACAGGUUCAUACAUCCGCCUUUAUUGGGAGUUACUUAGGGGAGAGUGUGAGGGCUUGUGGGACUGCGCCAUGAUCAAACAUGUUGCCUGGCUGAUAUUCACCAAUGGCCUCCUCUAUGUACCGGUAGCUUUCCUCUCCCUCUGCUCCCUCUUGGGUCUCCUCUCUCUUGGGGAGGAGGUGCUGAAAUCGACCCUCCUGCUCCUCCAGCCCCUGCCUGCCUGCCUCAACCCCCUCCUCUUCCUACUCUUCACACGGGACCACACGCAAAUCUUCUUCUGGUCUCGCCCCAAAGCACGGCCGCAGCUUCGCCGGGACCACACCCUGGACUCGCUGGUUUCUGUGGAGACAGAGAAGAGCUCCUGCUCCGACUCGUCGACACAGACGUCACUCUCCGAUGCUGAUGCUCUGUACAGUGAGGGGUCCUCUCUCCAGCCCAGACUAGAUCCAAUACGAUUUUCCCACUGCUCCUCUACUUCCUCUGUGCCCCUCAUCCCUUGCACGAUUCCCACUCCUGCUGCCAGAGAUAGAGACAGAGCGACAGAACGGGGAGGCCUGAGCGAGGAUGGAUGUCUGAGGAGUUUGGACCAAGAUGGGAUUCAUAACACUCGCCCUCUGUAUUACUCCACCAUGACCCCCUCUCUCAGCUCUCAUCCAUGAGACUCCAAGCUAGCGGUUUGAAUAGCUGGGACACUAUGGACACUCAAGGACCAUAAUCGAACAGCAGCAGCAAUAUCAGCUCUGGGUUAUUAAUCCUCAAGCACCUAUGAGUGAGUUCACAGAGAGACAAUAGUACUUUAUAGACGUCUAUGAGAACACAACAAAGUGCCUCUGAAAUAAGAGAGUGCAACUUAAAGUUCCCUUCAGAAUAAAGACUAUUAAAAUGAAACACCACAAUACAGGGUGACUGUCAAAAUAAAGCACUAUUUCAGACACUACUCGGUGGACUGUGUCAGUCAUGUACUCGCACGACAGAGAAAUAGAAGCUGUUAACCACAUGGAAAAUCUCACCGCCAGACAAAUCAAUGAUUUAGCGGCUGGAUGGGGAUUUAGGUAGAUCCAGUAGAAUCUUAUGUGUAAAUGUUUAUAAUGAAAUGUGAUCACGAGACAUGCGAAUUAGAGGUUACAGAAUGUUCGGUUAUAUUUUUAAGUGGAGUUGUCUUAUUUGUCUUUGUUCAAAUAUAAGUUCUUUACUAUUGCUAAAGUCUGUUUCAAAAUAAAAGGGAUUCAUCAUCGAUGCGCCGGGACAUUUUACCAGAGUAAGCUAACAGGUUUUUGCUCACCGAAAUGUUACUGUCGGAUAUAUAUUUCUCAUCAGCUGUGUAGUAUUGGUUAUAAAAAUGCACCAAGAGACGGAUCACUCAGAGUUUUACAUGGUUUACAGGAUUUUAUCUCAGAUAUGCAACUCUGCCCAACAGGAGGCAGGCAGUCAUACAGACUGAAUGGGAUGUAGCUAUCUUUCUACAGACAAUAGAGCAGGCUAGCAAUAUGUACAUACAAUGUAACUACCUCUGAACUAGCAUGCUAUUGACUCAAUACAGCCUUAUGAUGUUUGUCUUUCUUUUUAUACGAUAAACAGCAAAUAUAUGAUUUUAUAUGUUAAGAAAUAAAUGCUUAGUUCGUAAAGAAAGGUCUUGCUAUUUAGGAUGUACAUACUUUGUAUACAAUUGGUCAGCAUAUGUUUGAAUAAAAUUAUUAUCUUCA